GCGGUGUCCUGGCGAGCGCCCGGCUCGCGUGGCUUAGAAGAGGAUUCCAGUCUCGUGACCCACAGUACUUGGUCUCCUGAAGAAAGUCCAGUCUAUUGUGCUGUCACCUUACCAAAGAACAUGGAGAAGUUGAUAUCGGAAAGGCCUGUUUCUGUGUCUAAGGAUGAAAUGCCUACACUUCCUUCCCAGGAGAAGCCAGAUACGAACUCAUGCGCUCAUGCACCUGGCAAAUAUUUUCUCCCUGGUGGGAUGGACAAUGAGAACUGCAAGGCUAGUGAGAAGGAAAGGCAGUGGAUUCGCCCUGAUACACCUAGCAAAUGCACAUGGAAGCUUGGGAAACCCCUCUCUGCCUCCCCCCAUCGUCAUACUACUCUGCCAGAGCCUCUGAAAAUCCUGCCAAGCAUCCUGAAUAAAGUUGGCAAUACACCCUUGGUGCGAAUCAACAAGAUUGGGAAGCAGUAUGGGCUCAAGUGUGAACUCUUGGCAAAAUGUGAGUUCUUCAAUGCUGGGGGCAGUGUGAAGGACCGCAUCAGCCUGAGGAUGGUAGAGGAUGCUGAAAAAGCUGGGAUCUUGAAGCCUGGGGACACUAUCAUAGAGCCAACUUCUGGAAACACAGGAAUUGGGCUGGCCUUGGCUGCUGCAGUGAAGGGUUACCGCUGUAUCAUUGUGAUGCCAGAGAAAAUGAGUAUGGAGAAGGUGGAUGUCCUGAGAGCUCUGGGUGCUGAGAUUGUGAGGACCCCAACUACUGCCAGAUUUGAUUCUCCUGAAUCUCACGUGGGAGUAGCAUGGAGACUGAAAAACGAAAUCCCCAAUGCACAUAUACUAGACCAGUACCGUAAUGCCAGCAACCCCCUGACGCACUAUGACACCACAGCUGAAGAGAUCCUGCAGCAGUGCGAAGGAAAAAUAGACAUGCUGGUGGCUACAGCUGGCACAGGAGGUACUAUCACUGGCAUCUCCAGAAAGCUAAAGGAGAAGUGUCCAGGUUGCAAAAUUAUAGGUGUUGAUCCUGAAGGCUCCAUCCUUGCUACACCAGAAGAACUGAACAAGACUGACAAGACAAUGUAUGAAGUGGAAGGAAUCGGAUAUGAUUUUGUCCCCACAGUGUUGGAUAGAUCUGCAGUGGACCAGUGGUACAAGAGCAAUGAUGAGGAGUCGUUUGCUUUAGCACGCAUGCUGAUCCGAAAGGAAGGACUGCUGUGUGGUGGCAGCUCAGGCAGUGCCAUGUCUGUAGCUGUGAAGGCAGCCAAAGAGCUGAAGGAAGGUCAACGCUGUGUUGUUAUCCUCCCUGACUCUAUCAGGAACUACAUGUCCAAGUUCUUGAGCGACAAAUGGAUGAUUCAGAAAGGGUUCAUGAAAGAAGAAUACCUUGUCAAAAAACCUUGGUGGUGGAACAUCAGUGUUCAGGAAUUAAGCCUGUCUGCUCCCCUGACUGUGCUUCCAACAGUUACCUGUGCAAAGACUGUUGAAAUUCUCCGGGAGAAGGGAUUCGACCAGGUACCAGUUGUUGAUGAAUCUGGGGUGAUUCUAGGCAUGGUUACCCUGGGUAACAUGCUUUCUUCACUGCUUGCUGGAAAAGUUCAGCCUUCUGAUGAAGUCAGCAAAGUAAUCUACAAGCAAUUUAAACAGAUUAACCUGAAAGACAACUUGGGGAAACUCUCUCACAUCCUGGAAAUAGACCACUUUGCUCUGGUGGUUCAUGAACAAAUUCAGUAUAACACUGAUGGUUCCUCCAGUAAGCGGCAAAUGGUGUUUGGCAUCGUUACAGCCAUCGACCUGCUUAACUUCGUGACUGCACGAGAACGGGAAAGAAAGUCCAACUAAAGUCAAGUAGCAAUGUGGAGCCUCUUCAACAACACUUUGCAACCUCCAAAAAAGAAUCAGGUUUAUUUCUUAGGUAGAAUGGUCUGUUCUUAGGGUGCGUUGUUUUUUUUUAAAUUCUGAAAAUAAGCAGUUAGCUAUCCUGGUGUCAGCUAUGCAGCCAGUGCAUUUGCUGUAUUGCACAGCUUCUGGGGACUUGUUUCUUAAUCAGGUUACAUAAUAUUUCUUAUCAAGACAAUUUAUUUUUUUACCUAUAUAUAUGUAAAAAUAUUGCCUAAAUUAACUGGUAUGUUCCUUACUUGUUAUGUCGAAAGUCUGGCUUUCCAAAACAUUGUUUCAGAUUCAUAAAAUGUGUUGAAAUAAAGAGUUACUGAAGCAGAGGCCCAAGAGAGCUCUGGAAAGUUUUGGAUUAUUAUUUUUUCCAUGCAAGGGUGUUAAGCUAGAUAAUACCUGUGUGGAGACAAAAAUGGGACUGGAGUGUGGAGAGAAGAAAGGAGGGGUUUCCCUUUUGGUGACAUCAGUCUAAAGCAGGAGGAAAUCCUGAGGGCUGGAGUUGAGGCUUGUUUCAACCAGCUGCUCUGAGGAAAAACUGACUUGAGUGGAAGCCUGACAGUGAAGUGACAAACAUAAACUAGUGACUUUGUUCUACACAGUGCACCAGCUUUCACUGCGAAGACAGACCUUUUUUUUUCCAAUUGUACCCUGAUAAGUAAGCACAAGUGAGAAGAUUAAAAGGUAAGAUCAAGCUUCUUGCCUGAAGGUUUUUGAAAACCACACUGUUUUGUCUAGUACCUUCCCCUUACCUCCUCACCUUCAUAUUUAUCUUGAAGUGCUUCUUUUUACGCCUGUUUUAGAAGAGCUAAAGGUAAUCUGUCAAGAGCUGUAAACUCAAGUUCUGUUCAAGUACUCCUACACUGUAGCAUCUUAUUCUAGGAGAAAAACCCUACUACUAAUUGAAUUCACUGUAGCCAAGCUUGGAAGUAACAGGCAAACAUAGUGUGGAGUGGUACUGUCAAGAGUACACAAGAGUAAUGUGCAGUUGGUGUGUGCAGCUACAGCUUUUCGCCACUUCUGUAACUCUGGAUUCUUCAGUAGUGUUUGACUUGUGUAGCUGUGGCACAGUUUGGCGCUAGCAGCCCCAUCUGUACACUGCUGUGCUCAGGCUACUACUGCUGUUAGUGGUAACGAUGAGUGGAAUCACCCUGUGGUUACAGGAGAAAAGUAGCUGUUCAUCUUCAUUAAGACUGCUCUAAUCAUCUUCUGACUGGCCUUUUGCCAAGAAUUAAGUUUUUGAUCAGCAAGAGUGACACUUUUCUUAGCUUGUCUCUCUUUCUACUGAAGUAGAAAAAUACUAUUUCAGCUGGGGCUGUUGCUGGUAGGAUAGCAAAGGGGGUUUUUGGAUGGUUGUUUUUUUUUUUAAAAAAAGCUGAAGGCAGUUGUGAGUCAGCUAAGAGAAAACAAAGGGGUUAUUUAAAAAUUGCAAUUACUACCUCCUGUAUAUAGAUUUCUUUCUACCUUGCUGGCCUCCCUGUGGCAGUGGAAUUUGCUGUACAUUUUGGAAGUGUGUGCUCAGAGGAGAGAGAUGGUGGAAGCCACCCUGUCCCAUGUCAGUGCCGAGCAAAGAACAUCACGCAGAGCCUUUGCAGUUGUGCCUUGGGUGAUGCUGGCCUGGAGGAGGGAUGCAAGAGCUCAAAGCCAAAGAAGUGACACCAGUGAUAGCGUCUGCCUGCCAGCAGUGUGACAGCCUGGUUUGUUUUCUAGCUGCUUCUCUUUCACCUUAAAUUUGUGAAUAUUAAGAACUUUGUUGUCACAAUAAAAAGCCUCAGACUGAUUUCUGAUAACUUUAAUGCCAUACUGGGGGAUGCUAAGUUUAUUCUGCCCUUAUUUGGUUUAUUUCCUUAGACAUUGGCCAUCCCUUCAGAUUAGGGCUAUUACUGAAGUAACAUGACCCAUACUUACCUUGAACUGUGGUUUAACCAUUGAAUUAAUAUACUACUUUAAGAUUUAAGACAACUUUUCCCAAGGCUCUGGAAUAAACUACUAUAAAGUCUAAAAAUGUGCAACUUUAAUGAUAAUUGGUUCUACAGGAUGGUUGAUUUUUUAAAAAAAAUUUUCUUCUUUUUUUAUCCGUAUGCUGUGCAGUGAUUCCUUUCUCACUGUUCCCCCUCACUGAAAUAGCAACCCCAGCUUGGGUGCUUUGACUAGUGGAGAGCUGAACUAGUGUGAGUAUCAGAUGUGUGUACCUGUGUGUUAAAGACAUUGUUUUCAAAUACAACUCAUCUUUCAAACUGUUUUUUUAGCUACUUCCCAGGGGAUCAUAAAUAACUUAGCACAGUUAAGGGCACGGUCUUUGAUCUUAGCACCUUUAACACCCUUUAUGUUUCUCAGUGUAGAGAGAGUCUGUGAAUGGUCAGUUGUAUCCCUUGAGACAUCAGUAUUUCAGCCAAGCUUCUAAACUCAUUUCCCAAUUAUUUCAAAUAUUGUUGUCAGAUAUAUUUUUAUAUCUAUUCUUAAUUUACAGGGAAGGCUGAGAGGGACUUAUUUCUUUGGUUACUUGUAUUUUCACUGCGUCCUUUGAUUCCCACACUUGUAAAAGAACCUGUGUACUUCACUAGAUGCUGCUAACUGAAGUGUUUGCUGCAAUCGUAGCUGUCACUGCUGCUAAAUUUUGGCAUUACUGUUGCUCUUGAAAAUUUACCCUACUUGCUUUUAUCUGACUUUUGGUUUUUUUCCCCAUUUUCCAUCUGACCUUCACUGAUGGUGGCAGGGAGGGGGGUGCUUAAGUGUUUGGCGUUUUUUCCUUUUCUUUUUGUGCCUGUAAAAGCCCCAUGUCCCAGCCUAACUGAAUUCAGCAAGAAACAUGAGAAGGGUAGAAGAUUCCCAAAGUUGCUUUUUAGAACAGCAGUGGAGGAGAGAAGUUAGAGUUGGGGCAGCAGAAGAUUAAUGGGUAGCUUUACCUGUGACACAGAGAAAAAUGUCAAGAUUUUAAUUUGCUUUUUUAGUUUACUGAUCAUAAAUUAAUCUCUGUAGCGUCAUGAAAUCAAAAUUGGGUAGUAUUGCUGGUUAAGAAAGAAGGAGUGGCUAGAGCUGCUAGGGAAGAGGGGAUGUGAGUCUAAAGCAAUCUAAGUAAGCCAAAGUAUCUAAGCAAUCCACCUGCGCUGCUCUGCCUGUGCAGUUUGUUAAGAGCAGGAGCUGCUUCCUGUUCUAUGCUGGCACAAGGAGGAAAAGGUGGCCAUCAGCCACUCUUAUUCACAGUAGCAACCCUGUUUGACUAGAGGAAUUGGGGAAAUAGAUGGAGUUGCUGAAUGACUGAAAAACUUUCCAGAGCUCUUUCCUCUAGUAGGGAUGAAGGCAGCAAAAGAGAAGGGGACAGGGAAACCUGCAAAGCUGAAGUUUCUCUGAUGCAAAAGCUUAUGAGCGUGAUGCUUUUUUGCAUGUGUGAGAAUGUUGUUACUAGCCUGGUCCUAGUUAGUAGUGGUAGGGCUGGAUUAACAUUUGACUCAUCUCUCUGUUUCAAAUACUGUGAGGACCAAGAAAAACAUUGCAGUUUGUUUGUUUGGUCUUUAACCUGAAGGUCAAGUCCAGAGCUUGAACAGAACAACUUUUUUUUCCUGAAGUGGCUGUCUGUGUCCUCUGUUUACCUGUGCUGAUUAAGCAAGCACUGACCAUCUGCCUGAAAACUGUUUUGCACAUGGAUACUUAUAGCAACAAUUUAUGCUGUAUUUGUUUGUCACUGUAAGAGAAUACCAGUCCUUUUGGUCUGAUGUUGGCUCUGCAAAAAUACUUCUAUUUUCUCACCUGAAGAUGAUUAUUCAGUAAAAUCUGUAUAAUAUUUUGCAAGCAGUUAUCAGGCAAUGACUUAAGGAUCAUUUUGAAGUCGUUGCAUCCAAUAUUACUUCCCCCUUCUUCAACAAGCUGUGGCUGACUCCAGAACGCUGUCUAGCUGAGGUUCCUCUAAGCAGCCAGACUAGUCUCAUCUGCCCACCAAGCUUGUCGCUAAAUGGUUUCUGAAAACGUCUGCUUGCCAUUAUGAAUUUCACACAACAUGCUUACUGUCAGCAGUUGCCUAGCAUUGCCACUGUCAUCCAACAGCCUUUCUUACUGCGUAGUGUCAACACGCUACCAUGACAAAGGGAAGACUUUUCUUAUGCUUUAAGGAGCUGGGAAAAAUCAAUACUAUGCGCUGUAUUUAUUGCACAAAUGUUCACAAAUGUACAAUAUAAAGAGUUCAAUAAAAGCUGUCUGAUUGCA